CAUCUGCACUUAAAGUGCACAAUAUACUUCUGUCUCCAUCGAUGUUGUAUCUGUAACUUGUAAUUGUAAUCUAAUAUAUAUAUUACACUUCUCGCAUCUAAGAUACGAAAUAGACGUAUUUAGUCGGGAUUUAAAAGAAAAGAGGAAAAUUAUAAGAGGAAGACAGCGAAUCUAUCAUCUUUGAGACAAGUUGUUAUUAAAAAUUAACACGAAAUUGGUUAGAAAGGAUCGAACGAUACGCGCUCUAUUGUUGGGCGUAAAAGACACGGAGAAAUGUCAGGGUGAAUCGUUUUCGGUGAACAACUGAUUUUGUAUGUUCACGCAUAUGUCCGUCGAACGAAUUCGACGCAAUUUUGUUAAUGUUGUAUUCUGAUUGAACGAUGGAUAAUGCGAGCGACAAAUCGAAGAAACUUCAGUCUAACGAAGAAGUCAUCGAGGAGCUUACUCGAGGUCUAGAAAGUUCUUUCAUUAAAAUGGACGAGAGUACAAAGUCGGGAAACAUAGCGGGUGAUUCGUGGGAUAUCGUAGAUGAGGAACCCAACGAAGGUAACGAUGAUAACGCACAAAAUACAGAUCUUUCGGAGGAUGCAAUCGAGGAUCUUCUCAAGAACAGAGAUUUAUUACUUACGGAAGCUGAACAAGAGGCAAUGAAAUGUGAGGCGGAAAAUUUAAAACAGGUGGGAAAUGAUUUUUUCAAAAAUGGUGAAUACAUAUCAGCGAUAUCUCAAUACACGCAAGCGUUGCGAAUUUGUCCUUUAGCAUAUAACAAAGAAAGAUCUAUAUUGUAUGCUAACAGAGCAGCGGCGAAAGCGAAAUGUCAGACAGAGAAGGAUUCGGCGAUAUCCGAUUGUACAAAAGCUAUUGAAUUAAAUUCCAGUUAUGUAAAGGCUUAUAUUAGGAGAGCACAAUUGUAUGAGGAGACAGAUAAGUUAGAUGAAGCAUUAGAAGAUUUUAAGAAAGUAUUAACAUUUGAUCUUAAUCAUACGGAAGCUAAUCAUGCUGUGAGGAGAUUACCUCCAUUAAUUAAUGAAAGAAACGAAAAAUUAAAAACAGAAAUGUUGGGGAAGCUUAAAGAUCUGGGUAACAUGGUGUUGAAGCCCUUUGGCCUUUCCACAAAUAACUUUGAACUGCAGCAGGAUCCCAACAGUGGUGGUUAUUCCGUAAAGUUUAAUCAGAACCCUAUGUAACAAGCUAGUUAUAUAUUUCUUAUUCAUAAGAAUUAUGGAUAAAAUGUUUUCUUUAUCCGUAAGAAUUAAGAUAUAUAUUUAUAUAUACUAUAAUCCUAUUAUGGAUUUCAUCCCUAAAAGAAAACCCACAUAAUAAAAUACAGGCAUUAAUAAAAUAUUCAUAUAAUAUAUAAGACCAAGAUUAUCCAAAUUGGGAGGGGAGAGACAUUCCGUUAGAUUUUAUAUAUUAAAACAUUCAAUAAUAUUAUUUUUUAUUAUC